AUGAGUAGAGAUGGGUGCCAAGGUGGUUGGCCUUUAGAUGCUUGGAAAUGGAUACAAAGCAAAGGAGUAUGUACAGGAACAGACUAUAAAACGAAGGGAGGAUGUAAACCAUAUCCAUAUGCAUCCGGUGGAGCAACACCUAGGUCACCCUGUAAAUCAGCAUGUACAGCAAACUGGAAGACAGCAUAUGCAAAAGAUAAACACUUUGGUAAUUUAAAGGAGGAAAAUAUUUUUAAAAGACUAGAGAGCAAUUUAGUUCUGUCUGGUGGAAUAGAAGGGAACGCUGAGAAAAUGGGGUUGAAUGACUUAAAGAUAGUUCCUCUCGGAGCAGUUCAGUCCGGAGUUCAGUCCCGACUUUAUAACUCAAUGGUCACUCAUUCAUUUUUCUUGAUACCAAUGGAAAGAGAAUCAAAAGCUCUAACCAUCAUGUUAUAG